AUGGCGUCAAUUCCUGAACUUCUUUCUUUCCUAUUACUAGUUUGCUUCCUUACCGUGCUAGAUAUUUUAAGAUCCCUUAUCACCAUCAUGUCUGCUAACAAUAAUAAUAACAAUAAUCACAACAACAAUAGCAAUGCAUUGCAAAAUCCUGUUUCACCAAAACCUACUGAAGGAAAUUCCAAACAAGAAUCUGAGAAUACAGUUACCAACGAGUUACCCACUUUCCAACAUUUGAAACAUUAUCCACUUGUGAAUUCAACAAAAUCGGCUAUUGAACUUAUUCCUUUGAGUAAAAGUGUAUUUUCAAUCAUGGGGAAUUCAUUUUCAUUUGUCAGAAGUUAUCAACCAAUGAAAUAUAUUGUGGGUAGAAGUGACACUUUGACAAAUCGAGCACUUGAUGAAAUUGAUAAAUGGUUACCAAGUUUACAAACGGUUGAAGUUCAAGACAUUACUACACCAAUCACCAAACCAGUAAAUGAUACCGUUGAAACUGUUCAAAAUACUAUCACUGCCGUUAAUGGUUCCGUUAAUAAAAAUUUUGUUGAUCCAACAAAAAGUGCACUAGGUUCAGUUAAAGAAGAAUUUCAAAAUCAUGUGUAUGAUGCUGAAGGUAAAGGGAUAAUUUCAAGUCAAGCUGAUCCCAUGGUAGCUCCAUUAAAUCAUACUUUGGAGCAAUUUGUUGAUAAUCAUUUCCCUAAUACUAAAAAAGUUCCAACUGAAGGUCACGCUAGUGAAAUAUCGAGAACAUUCAAGAUUGUCGGGAAUUUGAUAUCAAGAGGCGAAAAGGAGAAGGAAAAAGAGAAAGAGUCUCUGGAUAAAAGUAAACCAGAAAAGACAAAAUCAUAA